GACCUUAGAUAUUUUAAAUCGAAGAAGACCGACAGAGGGAAUCUCCAGGAAGGAUGGAUCAACACCCAGGACCCCAUCAUGUGCUCGUACAAACUUGUUACAGUGAAGUUUGAAGUGUGGGGACUACAAACACGUGUGGAACAGUUUGUGCACAAGGUGAUACGAGAUGUUCUUCUUCUAGGACACAGGCAGGCCUUUGCCUGGGUGGAUGAGUGGAUUGAUAUGACCAUGGAGGAGGUGAGGGAGUAUGAGCGUACCACUCAGAAGGCUACCAAUCUGAAAAUUGGCACCUUCCCCCCAUCCAUUGCCAUCUCAGAGACGCCUCUGCCGUCCAGCGCCCGCAGCGGCCCCAACAGCGCACCAACAACUCCCCUCUCCACCGAAGCUCCGGACUUUCUGUCUGUGCCAAAGGAGCGACCAAGAAAAAAAUCAGCUCCAGAGACCUUGACCCUGCCUGAUCCAGGACGCAGGGAUUCACUCUUCAAGCUGCCAAGUUUUUUCUCCUGGAACUCCAGUCCGCAACCAGAAUGAGGGUUAGGCCUAGACUUUAACCUGUGAAUCACUAGAGGAUGCUUGCUUUGCACAUCCAACGAUGCCCCAACUACUCCCUGGCCAGUUUUAAGUGACAGAGGCUUUCCGCAGAUCUGGUCAUCCCCACCCCCUCAGUAGAGUUGCAGGUGUUACAGCAGUCAGCAGCUCUGAGGCUGCCUUUACGGGUAGAGAGUCCGCCCCUUCAAAAUACCCAAGUCAUUUGAGGAGUCAAAGCAGAGUUUGUUCCAACAUAGAAACCGAAAAGGAGCUGCAACCUCCAUGUCUUAGAUGUAGAACAUCCAUCCCAGUUUACAGAGAACAAACCUCGUUUCCAUUCAAACUCAGUGUCUAGAUAUUUUCAGGGUUUCAGUUAGUUCACAUUAUGUACAGAAUUAGAUUUUUGCUGUUUCACCCUCUUCUGAGUCUGUGGCUUUAUUACCUGAAGCUUUUUAAUCUGUGUUUCUAUUCAUCUGGAAAAGGUAAUGACAAUGUGAUAGUGAAACAUUAAGAGUUAUAAACUCAUAUGUACAGUGAUUGAGUGAUGUAUAUACUGUAUGAACAUGAAUUAAACAAUAAAUUGUAAACACUUAAUUUGAACUUCUGUGAUGAAGUAGCUAUGAUUUAUGUUGCAUUCUUUGCCAGACUAAUUUUUCCGUGUAUCUAUAGUGACUUAUCUCUGCCAUGUGAAUCUCUCUUGGUGCCAUAAUGCUUUAAAAUAUUUAAUAAUUGAUUGUUUUGUCUUUUGCUCUCAUACUGGAUGUGUUUUACCCAUGGUUUUAUGACUGCUCAUGCAGUGUCCUCUAGAUGUGACUUUGUCUCCCUUCAUUUUCAGAUAAAUAUAAUUUUUGUAUGCAUUAAAAUUAAA